CAUUUGGAUGCUGAAAGCAUCUCAACUCAGUUCAAAUUUAAACUGAACUCUGUUACCCAAACACACGUGAAGCCGAGUUUGAAAUUACUUUAAUCCGUAAACUCAUUUUUACACUGUUGUAGACGCGACACAUCUCUACUUUCAGCAGAGAUUCCUGAAUGCUUUUAUUUUCAACUCAGUCCGUUAUAAUAACUCCUCUGACUGUCUCUCCCUCUCUCUUUCCCGUCCUUCAUCCCCAACAUUUCCAAAACUCCCAUUUCAUUCAAAACCAAGUGGAUUCCUCCAUAGCCAACAUCUUGAUCGGGCGCCGUUGUGAAGCCUAGUUGGAAUUGCAAGAAGGCUGAUCACGGAAGUAGCAGCAAUCGAAUCCCACCAUCGUCCCCCAUAGUCGAGGGGUUGGAUGUUAGAUAUGUGCAGCCCCUGUUUGAACGGAAGAGGUUCCCCUCGUCAAAUCCACCAUCCUUUCCAGCCCUCGUGCUCCAACAGUGGCGAAGGACCUUUGGGCUUGUCCUUCCCGUCUGAGCUCACUGCAGCCCCCUAGCAAACAUCCUUUCGGCGUGGUAAUAAACAGAACGCAUCUGAGUACGACUUGAUUCCUUCUUACAAACUGAUCUCUACUCUCAAGCAGCAAUCCAAUCAACUGAUACCUGCUACUGUAAACCCGUGCCCUGUUCUGUGUUGCAUUCCUAUAUAAUGCCUGUACCGAGCUCAACUAAACCCACCACAAUUUCACUACGGAAGCAAAGCGCCUCCACGGUGAAGCUUCGCAAUCGAAGGCGAGCCAUCAAGAGAUUAAUAAUCACGGCUCCGAAGACGCGCUCUUACCGGCCCUACUUUCUGCGCUCAUCCCGCAGCUCCUCGUACAAGUAUACCAUGGAUGACGUAGAGGUUGUACGUGAUCGUGAAAUUUGGUCUGGUGGGUUGGAGGAGAUGUUGGUUGAUAUUUUGUACCAAGAAACAUUGGAGGGUAAAUUGGUGGGGUCGUCACAACAGGGGUCUUGCAUUAUGCUUCAACGCAGGAACCCCCUACUAGAGAGGAGGAGCAGGCAACUGGAGGAGGAAUUGAGGGCCCGAGGUCCCGUGUUGGGUAGUGGCGUUGGAUUAGACUCCACCAUUGAUUUGGAUGACAUUUCCAUGACUCCAUCGACGCAAGGAGGGGUCUCACAGCGAAUGCCUCCUCGUAGGCGACGUGGGGACUCAGCCGGACCAUCAUUCUCACCAGAGCUUAGUGCUGCUAUACAGACACUUGCCUCCACUUCUAAACAAAGGGCAAAUUUGGAUGCAAAGAUGUUUGAACUUUGCAGCUCCAAGCGCAGUAGAGGCGAGGGUUCGAAUAUUGGGUCGGAUGCAGGCUUUAGUAGUGUAGCACAAUGUAUGAAAUAUUUGGAGGAUAUCACCCCUCCCCUACCGCCAGAUGUCCAUCUUCGUGCAGUAAAAGCGUUUAUGAAUCCUAAUGUCCUAACUGUUUUCCAGAACAUGACCCCAUCGAUGAGAAUAGAUUGGGUUUGGUCACUAGGCUGA